ACCAUUCCUUGGAGUGUUUAGUAUGAGUAUAUCCGCUCGCAUGUUGAUAUAUAUCGGACGUCGGUUACGGAACAGGAUAAUUUAUAUUACUAUAUCAACAGAAUGUGAUAGAUUUGAAAAAGAUUCAAUCGUGACCUGCUUACGAAAGGAAAAUCAUAAUUAAUACUGAUAGUCUACCGAACACAAAGUUUUUAACCAGAAAACAACGCGAGAUCCAGCAAUGUUCAGACUGGAUUUAAGAGGGAUUUGCCUACUGCUGCUGGUGUUUCCGAUUGUUAGUGCGACACCAACCGGGUGUACAGAAACCGCGUCGUAUGCAACAUGUGAUUUCUCCGCCUGGGCGCCGCCUCUCCUAUCCGGGGAUUUCAGCACCUCACCAUGUUACAUUACACUCAACAAUGUUGAUGGAACACUUCCGGCAAACGCGUUCUCUGGACUCUCCGACUGCGCUGAUCCUUCCGGUCAGAGAAGUAUCGCUAUGACAUGUACCGGAAGUAAGUCUUUGGUGAUUGCAACGAACGCAUUUGCCGGUACAAUGACAUGGAUUGCCGAGCUCAGCAUCACGGACUGUAUCAUUUCCGCCGGACUAUCGUCCUCAGACUUAUCCGGUUUAUCGGGACUUGUCGACUUUCUAACUUCCGGUGGGUCAAUAGCCUCUUUUGCAUCCACAACGUUCAGUGGUUUAUCAAUGAAUUCCAUCGCCAUGUCUGGUACAAGUAUUACAGCCCAAACAAUUCCGAGUGGAUUCCUCGAGAAUGCUGGAUCCGCUAUGACGAAAAUCACACUUGAUAAUUUGGGGUUAACGUCUAUUCCAAGUGGCGCUUUCGAUGGGAAGACAGCAGUCACCGCUUUGAAUAUCGCCAAUAAUCAACUGACGACUCUCGCCACCAACGCCCUGGACUCCCUGAUAUCUCUCGGUACCCUGUCAAUCACUGGCAACCAGUGGGAGUGCACGUGCGAUAUUUCAUUCCUUGUGCAAUGGGUUAGAUAUACUGGUGUGACGUUGGAUGGUGACAUCACGUGCACGACUCCUGCGGCAUAUAACGGCAAGCUCCUUAACAAGGUCACGUUCGACCUGGGAUGUGAGACAACGACAUCUGCAUCGACGGACGAAUCCACAUGGGACAAAGCGUUGAAGUACGGAACCGCUGUAAUUGCUACCCUUGGUCUGGGCGUGGCUAUCGCUGCAUUGGUAAGCCAUUGCUGCCUGAUGCAGAAAAUGGCACUUAGCGGCAAUUCCUCGAAUACCCCGAGUCCGAAAACAAAAUCCUACAAACGAACUGUUACUCCUCUCCCGAUCAACGAACCAACUCGCAACUCAUUCUUCUAAAACGUCGCAGACAUCCUGUAAAGUGGAAUCUAGCUCUGCAUAUGACCUUGAUGCAUACAAAACAAGGCCGUUUUGAGUUUCUAGUAGUUUGAACUAUUUUUUUUUUUUUUUUUUUUUACAUAUUUACACAUUUUCGUGUACGAGUUAUGUUACUGUGUUAGGAAUACAACGACAUGAAUACCGCCCUGAUGAUGCACACUUCCAUUGUAGUGAGGACACCAACAUAACAACAAUUCCCAGUAGCAAAAACUAUCAUUUAACGCAAGGAUUUGAGACGCCAAACGGUAACAUAUGAAGACUAACUCAGACUAAAUGACUAGACGUGUUUCAAGAGGAGUGUUUGCAACAUCAUAUAAUAUGACACUUGUAAUAAAUGUCGCAUUCUUCUAUCAGUUCAACUUCUACCCAAGGAAUUCUGUCCGAAUUGAUGGUAUAUUUCGAAUUAGGCCGUUAUCCAUUGUACAUAACAAGGAAACUUAGAAUUUUUAAAUAUUGGUUUAAAUUGCUCAAUACUGAAAAUUGUAUAUUGAAAUCGUGUUAUGAAAAUAUGCUCCUAUUUAAGGACCAAUGGGUCUGUGAAAUCAAAGAUGAUUUGAAUCGCUUAGGCUUAGGUUAUAUUUGGGACGCCCAGAAUGGAAACGAUUUUACUUUUGCAAUAAUUAAGGAAAGAUUAUUUGACAUUUUUAAUCAAAAUGGAUAUAGCGCUAUUAUAGAUAUGUCGAAAGGUUUGCUUUACAGGGAAUUAAAUGAUAAAAUUCUAUUACAAUCGUAUCUAACAAAAUACGUUGAAUAUUGAAUCUGGGCGAUAUGUUGGCAUUGAUAGAAGUAACAGAGUUUGUACUCUAUGUAAUCUUAAUGAUACAGAAGACGAAUUCCAUUUUGUUUUAGUUUGUACUAGGUAUUCUGAUUUAAGACAGAAGUAUUUAAAAUAUUAUUAUAGAAAUAAUCCAAGUGUAUAUAAGCUUACUCAAUUACUUAAUACAAAUAAUGUUAAAGACUUGUGUAAUCUUGGGAAAUAUCUGUUAGCGGCAAAUAAGUGCCGAUCACAAGCAUGAGAUAUAUAUACAUGUAUAUAUAUAUUGUAAUAAUAAUAUUGAUUGAUGUUACUAUUAUAUUAUAUUAUAGCUUUGUUCAUUCUCCUGUGGCCAAUUUAACAUUUUGUAUAUAUGUAAAUAUCCUGUAUACAUAUGUUUACACUGAUGAGUCGUAAGACUUAAAGUAAUAAAUGAACUUGAACUUGAACUUGAAUUAUGACCGAUUGUCUGUUGUGAGGAAAGAAGAACUACCGUUAAAAUGCUUCCUUCAAAUAUUCGAUAUUAAUAAUAAGUCAUUACACUUUCAACGACUUGUAAGUACAUAUGUAUUGAAUAAUAUAACCAAGAAACAUAAUUUAAUAUCUUAAUUUAUAAAUACUAAUGCUUAAGAGGUAUCAAUUGCCUAUGUACAAUGUAGCAAAAAUGAAUAAGAACAUUAUUCGAAAAUACCAAGAGGAAUUAGUUCAGAUUCAGUCAACCCGAUUUAAAACAUUUUGUUUUAUUGGAAAUCAAGUGGUUCUAUUUCAGUCAAUAAGGAGGUUUGGAUACCAAUUUAUUGUAUAUGCUCUAGUAGAAGAGAUUACUUUAAUGAAUACUGUAUAAAUUAUAUUCUUAUCUUUUAAAUACCAUAUACAUAUACCUUCCAUGUAUGAAUUUAUAGACAAUAGUUAGAUAAAUUAUUGUCCAUGCUGUCAUAGCGUGCAAGGCAAAGGGUAAGAAAUUCAAUCAGAAUCUGAUUUUAAAACAUUUAGUCCGCCAGUUUAUGUACCAUAUAGACCAAAAGAAUGAUAAUACCAUAGUUGUCUCCCUUUUCAUGUUACAGGAAUAAUGUAUUUGGCGCAAUUAUUGAUAUUAGGGGAUCAUAAAGCUGUCAAACGCGGCUUGCCGAUUGAUUUGUUAGUCAUAAGCGUCCGAAGGUUGAGAUCAUUUAUACUCCAUGAUUUUUCCUCGAUGUUGUUUAUCCUGUCCACGUUCAAGAUACAGUACAAGAACUGCAUUUGUAAAUAAUAACAAGAUGAUGGUUUGAGAGCAAUGAAACGUGUCUUUCUUAGACGUUCCACGUAUUGGGACGUCAACAUUACACAAACUAUUGUUUUACUGACUUUCUCAAUGACAAUUUUCAUAUUCAUACUAUGCGAAUAAUGGCUUUGCAGUAUCUCUUGCAAAGAACACGUGUAGCUUUCGCAACUAGGAUGUGAUACAAGGAAAGUGCACCUAUACUCGGAAAGAAAAAAAACCCUUGUUAGAUAGGUAUGGAUGUUUGUAGUUGGGUAUAUAUUUACUUUUCAUAUUACAUAUAAAAUCAAUAAAUCAUUCCAAGAAUA